AUGGCAUUGAUGGAUAACAUGACAGAGGUAACACAGUUCAUCCUGUUGGGACUCACCAAUGACCCAGAUCUGCAAGUCCCUCUCUUUAUCACCUUCUUUCUCAUCUAUGUUAUCACUCUGGUUGGGAAUCUGGGAUUGAUCUUACUGAUUCUCUUGGACUCUCAUCUCCACAGUCCCAUGUACUUCUUCCUUGGUAACCUGUCCCUGGUGGAUUUUUGUUACUCUUCUUCUGUCACUCCCACAGUCAUGAGUGGGUUUCUUAUAAGGAAUGAGGUCACUUUCUACAAUGUUUGCACUGUUCAGAUGUUCUUUGUUACAGGCUUUGCUACUGUGGAAAAUUAUCUAUUGGCCUCAAUGGCCUAUGACCGCCAUGCAGCAGUGUGUAAGCCCCUACAGUAUAACACAACCAUGACAACAAAUAUGUGUGCAUUUCUAAUCAUAGGAUGCUAUGUCUGUGGUUUCCUGAAUGCCUCUAUCUAUACUGGGAACACAUUCAGUCUCUCCUUCUGUAAGUCCAAUGUGAUCCAUCACUUUUUCUGUGAUAUUCCAGCAGUCAUGUUUCUAUCUUGCUCUGACAUAUAUGUUAAUGAGCUGAUUCUUGUUUGUGUAGCCAGUUUUAAUGUCCUUUUUGCUCUCAUAGUAAUCUUAAUAUCCUACACAUUGAUUUUUAUCACAAUCCUGAAGAUUCAUUCAAGUGCAGGAUAUCACAAGGCUAUAUCCACUUGUGCCUCCCACUUCACUGCAGCCUCCAUUUUCUAUGGAACAGUCAUUUUCAUGUACUUACAGCCCAGCUCCAGUCAUUCCAUGGAUACAGACAAAAUUGCCUCUGUGUUUUAUACAAUGGUCAUUCCCAUGUUGAAUCCCAUGGUCUACAGCCUAAGGAACAAGGAAGUCAAGAGAGCAUUCACCAAGAUUGUUUUCCAGGCAAAGUAA